GGGCGGCUGAGCGUGCGCGCCGGCGCCGGCCGGGAGGCGGAUUUGGAGCGCGCGGCGCCGGCUGGGCCCAGGGGGCGGCGCGGCGGAGCUUCUCGCGGCCUCGGACGCUCCUCCUCGCCGGCGGCCGCCGCCCGCCUCUGCCUGCGCCGCGAGCUCCCUCGCCCUGGCCGGGCCCGGCCGCCACUUCCGGCCGCUCACCUGGGACGCGCUCACCUGCCGCCGGGCGCCGGGGCUCCAGGAUGAAGGACCGGCUGGAGCAGCUGAAGGCCAAGCAGCUGACACAGGAUGAUGAUGCCGAUGAGGUCGAGAUUGCCAUUGACAACACAGCUUUCAUGGAUGAGUUCUUUUCUGAGAUCGAGGAAACUCGGCUCAACAUUGACAAGAUCUCAGAGCAUGUGGAGGAGGCGAAGAAACUCUACAGUAUCAUUCUGUCUGCACCAAUUCCUGAGCCAAAAACCAAGGAUGACCUAGAGCAGCUCACGACUGAGAUCAAGAAAAGGGCCAACAACGUCCGGAAUAAACUGAAGAGCAUGGAGAGGCAUAUUGAAGAAGACGAGGUCCGGUCGUCAGCAGACCUGCGGAUUCGGAAAUCCCAGCACUCCGUCCUCUCCCGGAAGUUUGUGGAGGUGAUGACCAAAUACAACGAGGCUCAGGUGGACUUCCGUGAGCGCAGCAAGGGGCGAAUCCAGCGGCAGCUUGAAAUCACUGGCAAAAAGACCACAGAUGAGGAGCUGGAGGAGAUGUUGGAGAGUGGAAACCCUGCCAUCUUCACUUCUGGGAUCAUUGACUCUCAGAUUUCUAAGCAAGCCCUCAGUGAGAUCGAGGGACGGCACAAGGACAUCGUGAGGCUGGAGAGCAGCAUCAAGGAGCUUCAUGACAUGUUUAUGGACAUCGCCAUGCUGGUGGAGAAUCAGGGCGAGAUGUUAGAUAACAUAGAGUUGAAUGUCAUGCACACGGUGGACCACGUGGAGAAGGCACGGGAGGAAACUAAAAGAGCCGUGAAAUACAAGGGUCAGGCCCGGAAGAACCCGACUUCACUGCAACCUGGUGGCCACCCUUGUCUUCAGAUGGGAAUGGAGUUGAAUGGCCUUCCUGAGAGAGAGUGGGACCUGAUCUGUUUCCCUGUCACCAUCCUUGGACCUGACCCAACAAUAGUCUAGCCCUGGAGGAAUCCUAUCUACCUGAUGCAACCCUGAGUUCUCCCCAAAACCUCCUCCUGCCCCACCAGCUCUGAAGUACCAUCUUUCCCGGACUGUAUGAACCAAUCCAGCUUCUCUUUUUUCCCUCUGAUGUGUCAAAUUAUGCCUUGUACCUUGGAAAGCCUGUUUCAGACCUUCCCAAGGUGCUGAAUUUUCUACCUCAUGGAGUAUUCUUCUCUGAGAAAUUGCAAUGUAUUUUUUUUUUUAAGGGGGGGUGUCUUUAUCAAAGCAAAAGGAUUCUUCCAAAUUUGGCAAAAAUAAGGCUUAACCUGAGUCUUCUACCUGGCAGGAUCCCAAUCCUCAGUUUGUUGUCGCUAUAUGCUGAAAAUAUGAGGGACUGGCAGAUGUCAUUUUGGUCUUAGAAGUGACUUGUUUGAAAUUCAAUCUCAAAUUAAGCUCUUAGCAUGUUCAGCUUGGUGGCCAGUUUCGAUCUGUAUGUUGUCUUCUCUCAUGUUUACUCAAGGAGGCACCAGGACGAUGCAGUCGUCUGAGGUUACCAUUUGUAACGGCAGAGGGUGUGGGAUAUUUGUUUCCAUGUCUGAGUCCUGGAAAGUGGCUGUUCACCAUUAGAGCGAUGCUUUGUGAAGCCAUUGCCUUGAGGCCAAAAAUAACCAGGCACUUAAAAUUGGGCCAGGGACAAGGUGCUUGAGUCUCAGGCUGUGGAAAUGUUUCAGGCUGGUGUGAGUAUUGUCACUCAUUUCAUGUGUUCCAGAUGUAUUUUUUAUAAUCAUGUGUGUGAGGUGUAUGUGUAUAUAUGCACGUGUCUCUCAGGAAGUAGGAAGCUAGAAGUGGAGGAUAUUAUAACCUCAAAAAAAAAAAUAACCUUGAGCUAGGCUAAAAAUUAGCUAAGAGACAUUUGCUUAUUUGCAAAUGAAUCAUGGUAGAAAUAUGAUCUCCCCAUGCCAUCGAGAAACCUGCUGUCUUCUGGAUGAGCACUGGGAGAAUCACAGAUCUUUGGGGUGAGAACUAAGUUGAUCCCCAUUAAGUUUUUCUCCUUAGCGGACAGUUGUGACAAAUUUUGACACCUCUCCCCACCUGCUGCCUAGGCCAGGCUUGUCCUGAGAACAUCCCACAGCAAUUUGAUAUCAUUCAUGUGACCUCUGGGAUGUCCUGUGUCCAGGGCUGAGUUAGGGGAGACCAGGGAUUGCUGAGUAGCUCUUCCUGCUCCCAGGUUAAUAAGCUUGAUGGGUUCUUGUCUCCCCCAGUUCUCGUUAUGGAGGAGGGAACAGCCGGGAGAUUUUCAACUGUAGUGAUUGGGCUGACCCAGUGCUGAGCCCCUUAGAUUCCCUGCUGGUCUCUGCAGUCUGCCUGAUUUAUAUUUCAGCUUUGACUUUAAGGCUUUCUAGGAUAGGGUGAGCACCCUGAUCCAGGCACUGCCCAUUGGCCUCCUUCACCAAGGCUACUUACUCCAGUCAUUGCCCAGCACUCAGACAGAGCCCAGAGGAUGCCCUCUUGCCCAAGGCUAUGAUGUCGGACACUGGACUGGCUCCAGCCACAAGGGCAGACAAGCUCUAAUCACAGGCCUCUGCUCUGAGAUUGAGGCCUGCGGCUUCUAUUUUGGAAUACAAGUGAAGGUUUUUUUGUAGUUUGUAUUUUUUUUAAAUGUAAACUCGAUUAUUUUAUUGCUAAUUUAAAAAUAAAUGACUUUAUAUCGAUUGUGAAACGGUUCUGGCUCUAUUUCCCUGCAAAACACUUAGGGAUUGGGUGCCCCCAUGUGGUGGUUUUUGUUUAGGUUUUGGAAAGGGGUUAAAAUCUUUUUAAACUGUCUCUGGAUCAGAUGAAUCAAAAGUUCCAGUUUUUGAAAAUGGUUCAACUCUCAGACUGCAGUGUAACUGCAUUUGAGUUUCAGAUUUGAGGUGCUCCCCUGAAGAGAAUUUGGUUAAUUCAUUGAGACUAUCUGCCUCUAGGAGGAAAUGGGGUAACUCUGACAUGAUGGUGUCUAGAAGGCAGAACCACCUACUAAACAUCCUCUGAGAUUGCUUUUGAUCUAAUUCUGCACCUCUCACCUAGAAGUGACAUUUCUCUUCACAUUCUGGGUUCUAGAAGCCAGAUCCAUCUCCCAUUUCCUUCAUAUCCUCUUCCCUGUCUUGAUCCACUUUUGUCUCCUUUCCUUCGGAACUCUGUGUGCACAGUGAUGUUGUUUCUCAUGUGCUUUUUCUUUCCUUGUCUGGAUGAGCAGAAGAAGAUCAUGAUCAUGAUUUGCUGUGUUAUCCUUGCGAUCAUCUUAGCUUCUACCAUUGGGGGCAUAUUUGCCUGAAAAAGGUGAGCCAUCCGUGGGGAGGGUCAGGCCUGCUUUCACUUACUUGAAGUGUCCUGAGGGCAUUGUUUGUCACCAGGUACCCUAAUCUGAGUGGGGUUAGGGGCUGGAAUAAAGAUUGGAGAAAACUAAGGAAAGAGAUGUUUCAUAGAAAAAUGAGUGAAGAAUGAGUUGGUAGUAGGUAGACGGGGAGACAGAAGGUGGCAGUCUAUUCCUUAACUAGGUCUGGCAGCUUUGUUGAGAAUGCUUUAUAGGAGGAUGUUGAUAAAAAAAAAAAGGAUGUUGAUUUCCUGCAGCCAAAUUUGGGCCAUUGCAUCUGGGAAUAGCAAAAGGAGAAACAAUUCAUUCUUACAUUAGAAGCAGUCUUUGGAAGAGGGCCACGUGGUAAACCCAAGGUAAAUGAACUUCCUCCCUUACAGGGUUAGGACAAGUUAGCACAGCCUUGUAGGUUGAGUGAUCUCUUACCCCAGCAGAAGAGGGACUUGGUGAUCCUGACCUCAGACAUCCUGCUGUAUAAUCUGUGAUUUUUUUCCCUCCACUUUUCUGCUAUCUCCUUCAGCCCUCACAGAUGGAUCCUCGACUGGCAUUUUUAAUCCUUCUUCCACCUCUGUGGUGCCAUCACUUCUCCACUGCAGAUUCCUCAGCAGCUACUCCUCUUUCCAUUAUGAAACUUCUUAUGACACAGGGCAUCAAUCAACUACCUAUUGAAAGUUAUGCAAAGGAAGACUUAUGACAGUACGGAAUUGGGUGGCGGGCGGGGGUGAAGGAACAGGGAGUUCAGCAAUAUAUGGCUGGUUAGGAAGAUGGUUUAAAGGAAUGGCCUGCAGGGUGAGAAGAAAGCAUAAUAGGUACCUGGUACCUGUUCGGGAAAUAAAACUUACAGCCCGCAGUGAAGUUAUGGCUGUGAAGAGGCAGAUACUGUAGCAUACCCAGUUCAUCAGGAUCUUAACUGCUGUAAGUUGAUCAGCAUCAGAGCAUUUGUUACUUUUGCUCCUCAGGUUCUUCUAGGCCUCACCCUUGACCAACCCUACAUUCUGCUUCCUUCUUCGGGGUCCAGUAGUCUUUAAAGUGAAGACUAACGAUAGGCACCAUGCAUGUCUUGCUCACUGCUGUGUCCCCAGUGCUCAGCACAGUGCCUGCCACUUAUAGGUGCUCCAGCAUCUACUGACUUAAUUCCCUAUAAUUAAGCUUUGAUUUCCACUCAUGGACAAGUCCUUGGUUUUGACUCUUAAGCCCUUUAAGGCAUCAAUGGGCAAUGGUCUGUUAGUAUCAGGGGCUGUGUAAAAAUGCCUGGGAAUGGGUUGAUCCACUUAGGCAAAACUACAACAGAACCCCCAUUACCACGACAUAUAGUCCUUUUUCUAUGGAUGGUCAUGGUGGAGUUCUGUCUAUCAAUGACCUCUCACUCUGUGAAGGUGGCUGGGCCAAGGAUUGUCAUUCAGUAACUAAACGUGGACCUAAAACAAAAGUUAACAGGUUUAUACCAUGAUUGAACUCCCAAAAGUCAUCAAUACCAUGCUCUAUGAAUCAUUAAAAGAAGAGAUGAAGAUGGUAGGUCACAAAGGUGAAACGAGGCUAUCACUCACAUCACUUCUUAUCUGAUUCAUGUUGAGCUGACCUUGUUGGCCAGCAACGUGUGUACAAGAAACUGUUCCAAACACUGUCCCCACUUCAAGGUUCUGAUGUGUUUUAAUGCAAUUUAGUGAUGUUAUAAGAGGUUCACUACAAAUACAUGAAAAAUAGUAUACAACACGAGGACCACACAACUGUUCAGAUAAAUUUGUACUUUCGAAAGUAAAUUAUUUUCUUUGCUGGAGAUCUUUUUAAGAAAGUGGCAUAAAAAUUUUGACCUUUUAGUCAGUGUACUGUUUUCUACCCAUUUUCAAAAGCAAAUGGUUUAAUAUUUCUAUCAAUUUGUAUUCCCUUUAGUUUGAAUAGGAGAUAGAAAGCUAUUGCUGGCUCUCUCUGAAAAGCAGAUUAAUCCUGUUAAAGGCAAACAGGAAGCUGGUAGACUGGGGAUCUGAAUCACGUGGGGCCCUCAUUGAUCCAGCAGCCACUGCGAGUACUGUGUGGCACACUGCACUGUAUUAGAACCAGACACUCUCCCCCUCCUCAGUUUCAGACCUGAGGCCGCACAAUUUCAACCUCUGUUUUUAUCAGUUCCUUUUGCUAAAAGGCAAAGGUAUGUCCCUUGCCAUAUUGUCCAACAUUCCCCUUCCAAGAUUGAGAGAAGAUGGGUAGCUGGGCACUAAUAAAUAUCUGUUGAAUCAAUUAA